GUCACUUGAGCUGCGACUCCGAGAAGAGACAGCGCUAUGAAACUCCAAUUAUCUUUCAUUCCAACAUGAUAAAGAACAGACAACAACUGUCCUCUUAAAGUAGACCUACCUUAAAACGGUAGGCAUAUCAUUCAUUAUUUACGUUACUCUGUUAUUGGCGGGCGGUACUCAGGUGUGCAGGCCGGGCAAAGGAGAAGGUACCAGACCUGUGGCGAGAGACCUCGCCUGCCCCAGAUGCGCGGUAAUUGUUCGCGGACUCUUCCAAUAUUUGGUCUGGAAUUAAAUACCGGUUAGAUCGGAAUGGCAGAAGAGGGGACUGGGGUGUUAGGCCGCAUAGGCAGCUGGUUUUCUCCGUGGAGGGUGAGAGAGAGAGAAGCUUUGCUUGAAGAUGAACCCCAGCCGAAAGCUCCCAUCCCUGGGCAGGGAGAGCACCUAGAGAGGCCCCCUGAGAACGGGACAGAAGAGGAGGAGGAAGAGGAGGAGGAAAGGUGGAGGGAAAGUGAGGAAAGAGAAGAGAAUCAUAGGAAUGCGACUGGAAAUAUCCACAAGAGGAGGAACCUACAGGUGUACCUGGAGGAGACGAGCGUGACACAGAACGACAUAACACCUGUUAUCGAGACAACCAUCAAGAAGAGUUUCCAGGUGGUUUCCAAGACGACCAGAGCAAAACAACAAAGGGAGUCAAACAACGACGACGACGAAAGCGACAUGGGGCGGAAGAACUCGGGGCGGAGACGCUCCCGGAAGGGUUCCCGUGGCGACGCCACAAGCCCACGGGAAAAGACUCCACCGACUAAAAACACACCCGGUCAGCCGCCGAACAGCCCUGAGCAGUCAUGGGAGGAGGCUCACCAGGGCAAGGGCGUCUCCACACUCAUGAUGACCUCGCCAAAGGCAAAAGACACCAAGGGUGCCAGGGCGGAGUCACACCUGGGAGAGGAGCCAGAAGACACACACACACAACCAGUGUCUCCAGAGACAAUCCACGACCCUCACACACACACACAGGCACACGGAGGCUUCUUGGAGUUUGACGGGCCGGUGCUGGCCACACUAGCCACCGUAGACAUGGACACAGACGAGGAUGAUGACGGACGCGUGGAGAGGAAGACUGAGACGCCUGAGUCCAAGCGGCGAAGCAUCAAGGUGUCCCGCAGCGAGAGGGUCUUCGCCAAGAAGUUUGUGGUGAACUCCGAGCCUGCCAUGGAGGAACAGGAAGACGAGCAAGCUGACAGGAAGCGGACAGUUGACUUGGGAGCCAACGGGAGGCAGGUGGCCACGGUUACGCUGAAGAAGGGAGCCGCAGCACCAGGAGACGACAGGCCAGAUGAGAAGUCUGCUGCAAUUCGCACCAUCGUCAACCGCAUCAAGCUCUUUGAAAACCAUGGAGGAGCACCUGGUCCACACAAGCCCACACACUCGCGCAGCGCCGACGUCUCCCCUGCCCGCUCCGUCGCCGACCGCGUCAAGAUGCUGGACAAGAGUUCAGGUCAGAGGUCAUCAUCGGCUGACCGUGUCAUCGUUUCCCGCAUCAGCUCAGUCCCUCUGGACCCCCCGAAGGUGCAGACGGUCCGCGAGCGGGCGAAGAAUUUUACUCAGACAGCGGAGCCGGCGGCAGCAGAAGGCGGAGUAGCCAAUGAAACCAGGCCGUCCCAAGUGAGAAACGCUCAUCCACAAAACAAGCACACAGACGGCGUCGCAGAGGUGACAAACCGGCAGCCAGGGACAUUCAAGAACGCUGAGUAUCCUCCAGAAACUGCUGCUGCUGCUCAAGCUCAGCCUGUCAUCAAAGGGAAGUCUAGCGCUGUGAGCAGUGUGACAAAAGCUCGGCAUGGUGUAAACACUCCCUCUGAGCCAGGCCCUGAACCAGUAAAACAGGAAUGUGUACCUAUGAUCCAACCUGCUCGGGGGAAAGACCAGCCUGAUACCGCCAUGCCAGGUGACACACCCACUCGACGCACACAAACGCCAGACGACAAGAAAUCCACAGACUCUCGUAAUGACAAAGAGUCUUCACAGACUAGGGGUUCUUCACAGACCAAAGACAAUGCACACACUGAAGUUGACCAAAUUAAGCUGACAACAUCUGACAGAACCCAUGUUAAAGACACACCAGAGAGACAAGACAAAGACAGUCAGAUCAAAGACCGUCUAAAGACAAAAGAUACUUCAGACACUAAGCAUAUUUUGAUAGCCACAGACAGUUCUCAGAGAGAAAAUAGAGUUACAAACAAAAAGACUAAAGAUACUUCACAAUACAGUGCACAAACAAUAGAUACCAGGGAAAGUAAAGAUAACAUAUUGGUGAAAGAUGUAAAAACCGAGGACAAUUCACAGGUGAAAGACACGAUAACCAAAGAAACUAUUACGAGAAACGAUGGUUCCCAGGCCAAAGAUGUUAUUGAAACUAAGGACAUAACUCAGAGCAAAGACACUGUAAUAUCCAACAGUGGUCCUGUAAAUGAACAAGUUAAAUUCCCAGAGACCAAACAAGGACUGACAACUAAUAACAGAUCUGAAGUACUAAAGUCUCUGAAAAAUAAGGACAGUCCACAGACUAAAGAUACGAAAAUGCUAACAAAUGAUGCUGUGAAUUUGAAAGAUAGCAUGCAAAACAAAGUCAAUCACCUCACAAGAGAUGACACAACCACUGAUAAGCACUCAAAGUCUCCAGGGACUAAGGUUAGUCCAAAACCCAACAACUUCCUGACACCUGAAAACUGUGAUCUGAAUGAAGACACAAAACAAGAUGAGUUUCCCCCUCAGGCAAAUGAUCACACAGAAAUGAAAGAUAGUUCAGAUGUCAAACUUGGUGUAAUGUCUGCAGUGCAUUCUGUGAAUGAAGAUCAGCUUAAUAUCUCAGGCAGUGUGGUGAGUACAGACGCGGCAACUCAUGUGGGACUUCCAAAAGGAGGUAUUCACCAAAAUACUCCCGAAAUUAGUCCUGAGGUUAAAAAUAAAGAGAUUAGAGAGCAGCAGAGUCCAGCCACUGAGAAUAAACACAUAAUCACCACAUCAAACCAGGAAGUAAAAACAGAGACAGAUCUUUCUUCUCCCUCAGCCAAUGACACAGUUGUGAAGGGACCUCAUGAAGUCAAGGACAGGUCAGUAAACCAGAACAUGACCAGUGACAUUAAAACGCUGAGCACAAACAACACUGCUAUCCCUUCUUCAGAGCAGUCAGGGGAGACUGUCAGUGCAGUAGUGGAUGAAAAAGCUGAGCUAGAAGAUAGAGAGCACACAGGAGCAAAGCAUAAGGAAGCUGAGACUGAAACGGUGAAUGUGGAGGUGAAAGUUGUGUCUCCUGCUGCAUCUGAAGAGCAGGUUGUGUCCCCAGCGAAGGCAAAGAGUGUAGAGGAGAAGGAUGAGGACAAGAAAAGUGUUCCAGAACAGCUGACAGAACCAAUAACUGGGGCCACAAAGGAUGUUCCGGAACAGUCUACAGAAGCAAGGAGUAAGGAAACCGAAAUUGUUCCAGAACAAUCUACAGACUAUUCCAAAAAAACAGAGGCAAAAUGCCAACCAGAGUCUGUUUCACCACCAACACUAAACUCAAAUUCACCUACAGCUGUGGAGCUGGCAGACCUAACACCAUACAUAAGCCGUUCUACAUACACCCCAGAAAAGACAAGAAAGAUUGGACGGGUGGCUACAGAGGUGCCUGAUCGAAUCAAAGUGUGUGAGGACCCCAGUCCAGUCACCACGGAGCAGCUUCCUUCCAAAGACACCACUGUCAUGUCUAAAGAAACAGAGUCUACAAAGGAAACACUACAAAACCUAGUAUCAAAGACCAGAGGCAUAGAGGCAGACACACCCAGUGCGGGCAUCACGGCUGACCAAGAGACAAAGUCCACCCACCGUUCAGGUGAGGUAGAAUCUGCCAAGGGGCUGAUAACACCCAGUGGGAAGUCUGAAGAGAAAGAAUCACCCCUGGCCAGUAUGGACAACAGAAAAGCGGCUAAAAGCCUGAAUGAAUCUUCAGGCACCAAUACCACAGCUGGAGUAAAUUGUGAGACUCCAUCACAGAAGGUCAGUAAGGAUUCCACUUUUCCUGGCACAGCGAAGGAAACAUCCUCUCUUUCUAACCUGGCCAAGGAGAAAUCAUCUUCUCUUACAAACCUGACCAAUGAGGAUCCUUGUAUUUUGUCUGGGGGCAGCCUUGGUAAGACCACACCUGAGUCUUCAGCCGUGAUGGACAGUACCCGUAAGAAGAACACAUGGACCCUCAAGGGCCUCAGGCUGAGGGAUUUCCCACCCCCCUCCCGAGAUACCCCCCCCAGUUGGCUCGACCUUGACUUCCGUCCAACACCAAAGCCGAGGCAGUCGCUCCGCUCACCGAAGCUAAGUGCCUCCGUUAGCAGCCUGGACGCUUCGGGUGAAUUUGAUCCCCAGGACUUCAUGGAGCGGGUGAAGAAGCUGGCCACCCCGUUCAACACACCGCCCCGCAACAACAAGCUCAAGAAGACUUCCAGGACCCCUGCGCCGUCCUUUGCCAUGCCCGCCAUCCGGGAGGAUCACUAUGAGAAGCCCUUUGACCCGGAUGAGUUCAAGUUUGGCAUGCGGAAGAGGCACGAGUUCUCCCUGGAUCUUUCCAAACUCCGGGAGCAAGUGUCUGUUGAGAAGGAACCAAUCGAGGAGAAACUCAAGAAGGCCCAUCUGGACAGGGGGAGUAUUCUGUUCAAGUCUUUACUCCUGAGAGAGACAGAUGCUGCCAAGAAGAUGGUCGAGGCUGAGGAAGGAGGGAGAGCAGGAGAGAAGGAGGGAGGUGGAGAAGGCAAGGGGCUGAUAAUUAAGUCACGGCUGGAAGGCAGCUCCAUUCUCUCCAGCCUGAGAUCCACUGGCAGGAUCAGUCGUCGGGGGCUGCUCUCCGCAAGAGGGGACAGCGCGAAUGAGCCGGCUUCACCCAUCGAGUCCGUCUCACCCAACUCACCAGUGGCGACUCCCAGUGAUCCAGCCAAAUCCAUUUUGGACCUGCGGAGUCAGUCUGGUACUGCUGAGGUUAAUAAGAACCCAACAGAGAUCAUAAGGGACUCUUCUAAUCUAUCUAAAGAUCUUGAGACCGAUAAGAAACCAUCUUCAAUCUCAAAUGAUCGGUACUCAUUAAAUCAGUCUAAGGAUUCAACAAUUAGAACUGAUCCUUACUCAUUAAAUCAACCCAAGAUGCCUGAGGUCGAUAACAAACUGACCCAAUCUAUACAGAGUGAAAUCCAGAUUAGUCAAACAGAGCCAAGAUCAGCCUCAGCAACCACCACUGACUCUGGACCUCAGUUUCCUUCCUUUGAUGACAUCAAGUUUCCGGGUCACCUAGAGAAGAUGCUCCCGCAGAAUCAUGGGGAGGUCGACCCCCUUCAGAAACUCAACUCCGAGGUCACUCCUGCUCCCUCUCAACUCCCUGAAAUGACACCCAACAGACCUCUACAAGAUCAAACUAUGAAUUGGGCAGCAAAUGGAUCCCACAGGCGCCCAGGGAAGAUGGUGUUGUUUGAGCAGCCUCAGUUUAAAGGACAGUCAUAUGAGAUAUUCAGAGACGUACCCGAUGCCACUGCACUGAAGCUCUCAGCCGCCAUCUCAGCAAAAGUCAUCAGGGGAUGCUGGAUUCUCUAUGAGAAGACUGGAUUUAAAGGUCGCUGCACUGCCGUGGAGGAGGGACCUGUCGAACUGACCAUUGAUUGGGGAGAGGAAGGACAAGCCAUGGUGAUUGGUUCAAUUAGACUGGCAGUUAGGGACUACUCUAUUCCCCGUAUAGACCUGUUCCCUGAGAUGGAGGGGCAUGGAAUGCACACGGCAUACCACGGCGUGACGCCUCAGUUGGCUUCCUAUGGAAUCCCACAAUGCACAGGGUCCAUCAAGGUGCACAGUGGCGUGUGGCUGGUGUUUAGUGAGGAGCAAUUCCAGGGUUACCUGUCUCUGUUGGAGGUGGGACAGUACCCCGCCCCUCAGACCUGGGGAUUCCCCUCACCUAUAGUGGGCUCCCUCAGACCUCUACAGAUGGGUGGACUGAAGGUGGAGAACCCUACUGAAGCAAAGGCUCUGCUGUAUGAGAAGCCGGGUCUGCAGGGGGCGUGUGUGGAGAUACAUGAAGAAGUGCUGGAUGUUAGCAAGGGACACGAGCCCCCACACACACCCCUGAACCCCCACAUACGCACACACACCAACUCCGACACACUCAAGACAGUGGGAUCCAUGAAAAUUAUCAGUGGCCUGUGGGUGGGCUAUGAGGGGGUGGGCUUCGAGGGGCGGCAGUACAUCCUGGAGGAGGGAGAGUACCUGGACUGGCAGGACUGGGGCGGAGCCAGCGAGUGGCUACUCUCUCUACGGCCAGCACUAGUGGACUUAGCCCCUCCACACAUGAAGAUGUACAGUGGGCGGGACUUCUCAGACAGGGGCGCCGACAUUGACCUGGUAGAGCCGAUGCCUAAUACACAGCUCACUGAAUACGGCUUGACCACACAGUCCAUCAACGUGCUCUCAGGAGUGUGGGUGCUGUUUGAAGGAGCUGAUUUCUCUGGCCAGCAGUAUGUGGUAGAGAAAGGCCUAUAUGCUGGACCUGAGGACUGGGGAGCCCAGAACAGCACCAUAUCUGCUGCUAUGCCUGUGUUUAUGGAUGACUUGAGUGGCUCAUCUAAAUUCAAGGUGGAGCUGUACUCUGAGCCAGAACUCUCUGGUUCCGUUCUGGUUCUGGAUGACUCUGUGUCCGCCCUGCCCCCAGACUUCAAAAUGCAGUCUUGUAAAGUCUUAUCUGGAAGUUGGCUGGCAUGCGAGCGGGAGGAGUUCUUGGGAAGUGUGUGUGUGCUGGAGGAGGGAGUGUAUCCUGAUGUGAGGGCCAUGGGGUUUCAGCCAAACAUCGCUGUGCGAUCUCUGCUGACCACAGGCUUUGAGUUCUCUCUUCCCUCCAUCAUUCUGUGUGAGCGUGCAGACCUGAGGGGGAGGAGGGUGGUUCUAACGGCCGCUUCCAUCAACCUGCAGCUCACCGGAGGCUGCAGCAGAACACAAUCCGUCAUGGUGCAGGGAGGCAUGUGGGUGCUAUAUGAGGGCGUGAACUUCCGUGGGGCACAGGUUCUGCUCAGACCGGGCUUAGUCCCAGAUUGGCCCAAACUCACCCGCUGGCAGCGAAUCGGAUCACUCCGUCCUCUCAUGCAGAAGCCUGUGAAAUUCCGCCUGAGGAACCACGAGACAGGUCACUUCUUGUCAAUCACAGGAGCCCUGGAGGACAUCAAGCUGAUGCGUAUCCAGGCAACGGCAGAGACAGGCAGAGCCGAGCAGGUCUGGGCCUAUCAGGACGGCCAACUGCAGUGCAAGACACAGAUGUUGGAGGACUGCUGUGUGGAGCCCUUGGGCAGUCUGGUCCGGCCGGGAGCUCGUCUGUGUAUGACUGCAGAGAAAGGCAAACCAGACCAGCUGUGGAACAUCACCCCAGAGGGCCUGAUCCGCAGCAACGUCAGCCCUGACCUCGUAUUUGAGGUCAAAGGAGGAGAGCAGUACGACAAACAUCAUGUGGUUCUCAAUGCGUUCAACCAGAGCAAGCUGAACCAGAGAUGGAGUCUGGAGUUUGUGUGAGAGAUGUGGGGUGAUAUCCACUAGCCUCUGUGGUCUCUGGGGUGCAGCUGCACGGGGAGGACACACAGCUGCUCACGCACAGGAUCACAGGGCUCAGUGCUGCAGCUGCACCACAGGACCUAUAGACUCAGUCAUGCAGCUGCGCCCUGGGACCCAUGAGCUCAGUCGUGCAGCUGCACCAUGGGACCCAUGGUCCCUGUCAUGCAGCUGCACCAUGAGGCCCACAGCGCAGAAAGAUGCGGUGCUGUAUUAUGCACUCACCAACCUUUCAUUCAAAUACCUCACGUUGUAACUGUGUACAUAGCAGCAAUAGAAGUGGACCGGACUGCUCAGGAAAAUGACUGUUUUGCUGCUUCUAAUGCAAGCUGGAUGGAGUUGAACAUCUCAUGCACAUGAUCUUGUACAGUAACUGGCUUGUGAUGUUGUGACUGGCCUUCUUUAUCCAAACAAUUGCUAGUAAAUAUCAACAGGCCUUUGGUCUUUACUCCCUCA